AGCUGGCGCACUAGUGAUAGGUUCCCUCUGGAGUGUUCCUUUUUUAGGCUUCCAGGUGGCAUCCAGCUGUAGGAUGCCAUUGCGAAAUUACUUCAGAACCCUUCAGGCGGCGCCUUUUUACCCUGCUCGCCAGAUGCCCUCGCUUCCCUCUAAAUUGCCCUCAACUGACCGUUUUAUAGCCCCCAACGGUCACUUGCCACAAAUAAAGACAUAGGAAAAAGACAAGAGAGUCAAAACACUAAUGGACCACAAAAGGGUCAUUUAAGGGCCAGGUUGAGGGCAUUUCCGGUAUUUAGCUGUAUCUCAAUUGAAAAUUUUAACUCUACACAUAGCCACGGCAGAAGGAAGAAAGAAGAAGCUGAGAUUCUGCAUUCCAACUCAUUGGGUUUACUCAUUGAGUUCCGUUGCAAUUCUUGAAACUGAGUGAACGAAACAAACGAGUCAUGGGCGAGUCAAGUGACUCAGUGUCCAUUGAUAUUGAUAUGGUUCCUUUUAGAGGGAAGGAGUUUUUGGUGAAAACAAGUAGAGGUUCUUUAUCUGUUUUUGUAUGUGGUGAUCAUGAGAAACCUGCUUUGAUAACUUACCCAGAUGUUGCUCUUAACUACAUGUCUUGUUUCCAAGGCCUGUUCGUUUGCCCCGAUGCCGCUUCUUUGUUGCUUCAGAACUUUUGCAUUUACCACAUUGACGCCCCAGGGCAUGAGUUGGGAGCUAAUGUGAUAUCUUCAGACGUUCCAUUGCUCAGUGUGGAUGACUUAGCUGAUCAGGUUGCAGAAGUUCUUGAUUUCUUUGGGUGUGCCAAAACUUUCAGCUAUAUCUUAUUUCCUAGGCUGAAAAGAGUUCUAUGCUUGGGUGUAACAGCUGGGGCUUACAUCCUUACACUAUUUGCAAUGAAAUAUAAAGAGCGAGUGCUUGGAUUAAUUCUCGUGUCUCCUGUUUGCAAAGCUCCUGCAUGGACUGAAUGGUUUUACAACAAGGUGUUGAUGAACUUGUUAUACUUUUAUGGUAUGUGUGGUGUAUUAAAAGAAUGCCUUCUUCAGCGCUACUUCAGUAAGGAACUCAGGUACGGUGUGCACAGUGCAGAAUCUGAGAUCAUACAAGCUUGCCUAAAAUUGCUGGAUGAAAGGCAAAGUCCGAAUGUUAUGCGCUUUCUUCAAGCAAUUAAUAAGAGACAUGAUCUUACAGAUGACUUGAAGAAAUUGCGGUGUAAGACUCUUAUUUUUGUUGGUGAAAGCAGUCCAUUCCACUCAGAAUCUGUGCAUAUGAGUACCAAAAUAGGAAGAAAGAAUUGCACUCUCGUCGAGGUUAAAGCAUGUGGCUCAUUGGUAACAGAAGAGCACCCAUUGGCCAUGCUAGUCCCAAUUGAGUUCUUUCUCAUGGGGUUUGGUUUCCAUCGACAACCACAUUUUGCUACAUCAUCAAGUAAUGGUUCAAACCCUUCCAGCCCGUCAAGCCAUUCGUGCAUAGCUCCCGAACUUCUCUCCCCAGAGGGCCUAGGGAUCAAGCUUAAACCCAUCAAAACCCGCGCAGAUAUUGAAAUUUGAUGAAGGGUAAACUGUUUCAAAACUAUUUGUAGUUUUACACAUAUCUGAUGUAACACUCCAUGCUUUGACAUUGUGCUCAUUCCAUCAGUUUGUAGAAUAGCUUUGAGGUUUAGCAUAUUCUUUGAUUGUGUUGGUGGGAGAAGGCUUUGCUGUUCUUAAAAGUAGAGUUCAUUGAUGAUAUCUUGUACUUGAAGAGGAUAGGAUCAUUCUUUUGAGAUGAUAGAUUCAUUUUGUAACUUACAUAAGCGUUGUCCACAUGAAAACUUUGUAAGUUUAGAUAUUGAAAAGAAGAAUCAACAUUGGUUUUUCAUUAUUUCAUUGUAAGAAAAUUGCUUU